AUGAACAGAGGAGACAAAUUAGAUGUUCGCACAGCUGAAGCAUCGAAAUACAGCGAGGAAGAAGGCCGUUCUCUUCUCUCCCAUGGAUCUCAUGAAGACGAUGACUAUCUAGUUGUCGAGGAGCCUUCGUCACCCUCCGGCACGCCGUCAUCGCAAGCAGAUUCGACUCCUAAGCUACCUUCGUCCAUUUCGACCUCUCCUACUCGUCAAACUCGAACGGCCCGAACGUCAAACCGGGUCAGGUUCGACAUCCAGGACGAUGCAGACGUGGAAACAGGCCGGACAUCUGGCGGCCGUGGUGAUGCAGACUGGGUUGCGAACCAAGACUACCUAGAUGAAGGGGCCGCUCAAGUACCGGGAGAUCGCUCCCGCCAGGUUGUUCCGUUACUCACAAACAUAGAAGCGCCUAGUGUUACUGUUGCUACCUCCGACUUUAUCCCCGAAGACCACCUGGAGAGCGCCCGACCAAAGAGCGGCUUAGGUAGUGCGUUCAUGAAUAUGGCAAACAGUAUAAUCGGUGCUGGGAUAAUUGGGCAACCGUAUGCUUUCCGCCAGGCUGGAUUGACUACAGGUAUCAUUCUACUCGUCGUCCUUACCUGUACUGUCGAUUGGACAAUCCGCUUAAUUGUCGUGAACUCUAAGCUCAGUGGGGCCGACUCUUUCCAGACUACCUUGGAAUUUUGCUACGGUAGAACUGGGCUGAUAGCGAUAUCCGUGGCACAAUGGGCGUUUGCAUUUGGGGGUAUGAUUGCGUUUUGCAUCAUCGUUGGUGACACCAUACCUCAUGUUGUGAUGGGGAUAUCUCCUUCUAUCAGAGAUAUGCCUGUUCUAUGGCUGUUGACGAAUAGACGUGCCGUUAUUAUUAUUUUUGUUCUUGGGAUAUCAUAUCCACUGUCUUUAUACCGGGACAUUGCCAAGUUGGCCAAAGCUUCGACCUUUGCGUUGGUUAGCAUGGUGGUAAUCUUGAUUACUGUCAUUGUUGAAGGCAUCCAGGUAGCUCCUGAAGCUAGAGGGGAGAUCAAAGAUUCUCUCUUUAUCAACGGCGGUGUGGUCCAGGCUAUUGGGGUUAUUUCGUUUGCUUUUGUGUGCCAUCACAACAGCCUCUUGAUAUAUGGCUCCCUGAGGAAACCUACCAUGGACCGCUUUGCCCGUGUAACCCAUUACUCGACGGCUAUAUCUAUGGUUAUGUGCCUUGUUAUGGCGGUUGCCGGUUUCUUAACCUUUGGAUCAAAUACUAAGGGUAAUAUUCUUAACAAUUUCCCUCCAGAUAACGUGAUAGUGAAUAUUGCAAGACUUUUUUUUGGGCUGAACAUGCUGGCCACGUUACCCCUUGAGGCGUUCGUCUGCAGGUCAGUCAUGACUACAUUCUACUUCCCUGAGGAGCCUUUCAACCUCAACCGUCAUCUUAUAUUCACUACCUCCCUUGUGGUUACAUCUGUGGUCAUGGCACUGAUCACCUGUGAUCUGGGUGCUGUGCUGGAGCUUAUCGGUGCAACAAGUGCCUGUGCUCUCGCGUACAUCCUCCCACCACUCUGCUACAUAAAACUCAGCAAACAGAGCUGGGUGUCAAAGAUCCCUGCUAUACUUUGCAUCGCGUUUGGUACCGUGGUUAUGUGCAUUAGCGUUCUUCAAACGGCAGCAAAAAUGAUUAAGCAUGAGGGGGGUGCGAUGACUUGUUGA